AUGAACGAAAAGUCUCUUGGCGUUUGGCAACUGAGAGCAAACGAAUCUAUUCAGAAUUACACCCAAGAGCGUCUGACGAUGGCUGAACACGUUGCAUUGGAAGAUAUAACAAACUGUCCAAUUCAUAAUAUUGAUGAGGAUAACAAUGUUUUCUCAACAACUACAACUCGUCCAUCUCGUACUGAACAUCGAUUGAGGUUAUUGGCAAAAAAUUUCAAAGAUAUUCGUUCGUCGUCUAUGGCUUCAUCUAGUUCUACUGCAAUGCGUCCAUUCGGAACAGCUCGUUUGACACCUGGAAGAGCCACAGGAAGACAACAAACCCAACAACAAAUUAGUACACCUGAACCAAUGAUUGCCAUUGCUCUCUCGGAUAUGGAAUAUCUCAUGAGAUCGGCCAGAUCGAGUAGAAGUUCUGGCAGAUCUGAACGCCAACCAGGAUGCACUUGCUGCUGUCAUAUCGCCGCAGGGGUUACUGUAAUCCCACGUGUCGCCCGUUUUUCGAUUGAAGGGGGACUCUCCACUCACACUCUUAUGAAUCAUUCGGAUAAUCGGAUAGCGGUGAAAAUCACUUGCAGUGACAACAAUAUGUAUAGAGUUACUCCCGUUUAUGCAACUGUUGAACCAGGACAAAGUCUUCCACUUCAUAUUGCUCGAAUCACAAGUGACCUAAUAAAACGUGAUCGUCUCUGUGUCAAUAUCCUUGAAGCAGAUGGAAACAAAGAAGCAAGAGAAAUCUUCAAAAAGAAUGCGAAUACGCGUGCACCAGCUUCAAUAAACAUGGCCCUUGAGGCAACAAAUGACAGUCAGAAUCAUCAUCAUCAUCAUCAUCAAAUAGACGAACAUACAAUGAAUAUUUUCUACAUUUUUCUGAUUUUUGUGGUCAUUGCAUCUGUUGAUUCUGUCGCCUCAAACAACAUUUUCUCCUCAAUUUUCUCUUUCGGCAAAAAGAAACCACCAAGUACCCCUGCUCCAAGCUAUUCAAAAGAUUCUUCCUCCAGAUGCAAUGUACAAACGUCGCAAUGCUCGGCUUAUGAAUGCUGUAAUUCUGACCAAACAUGCCUUCGAAAUAGAUGUUUCCCCAGACUAUCAAACUGUCCAGUAACACGAGAUCAAUGUGGAAACUCAUGCUGCAAAACAUCAGAACAAUGCCGAAAUGGAAGAUGCAGUCGUUAA